GUUUUCUAACAUAGAUUGGAUCGUAGAUCCCUUUCCCUUCUCCUCCAUCCCCACUCCACCCCAUAUGAUCAGACAUUUAUCUGAUUAAUCAAAUAUGGGAAGACAAUUUCCGUUCAGCAACCCAUCAAUUCUACUCCUUUUUUUAACAGGUGUAACAAUUUUUUCCUGUUCAUUCAACGUUGUUGGGGGGGUGAUCGGGGUGAGCUGGGGCAGACAAACGUCGCACAGAUUGAUCCCAUCAAUGGUGGUCGAUUUGUUAUUACAAAAUGGCAUUCGUCAUUUGAAAAUCUUCAGCACAAGCGAGAACGUCCUAGAGGCCUUUGCCGGGGGAGACAUUGCCAUCACCGUCACGUUGCCUAACGAGGGCCUUAAACAUAUUGUGAACACAGGGGUUGCUGCAUAUUGGCUGCAGCAAAAGAUCCGCAAGAACCAGAAUAAGAACAUCAACAUAACUUGCUUAUAUGUCGGAAGCCAGCCAUUCUCAGCAUUCUAUCGCACAGAAACCUAUGACAAUGCUGUCGACACGUUGAAAAUUAUUCAACAAGCCCUCCGCUUAAACGGGUACGACACCGUCGUGGCAACAACUCCACAUUUCACCGAUGUCUUGAAGCCCGGCAUAAUGAAGCCAUCGGAGGCCGAUUUCCGCCCUGAUUUGAAGGAAAAGAUGGUGGAAUUCGUGAGCGUUCUCAACGCCAGCAAUGCUCCAUUCGUGAUGGACGUAUUCCCAAUACAUUUUGUUGCUGAAAACAAAUGGGACAUCGAGUUCGCCUUCCUCGACAACAAGUCGAAUUUCUCAAUCGAGGACAACGGGCACGUGUACACAAACGUGUUUGAAUUCGUGUACGACUCAUUUGUUACCGCAAUCACGAAAGCUGGAGCGCCUAACCUGAAGGUGAUCGUGGGGCAAAUCGGGUGGCCGACGGAUGGAUUUCCAGGGGCCAAUGUCGCCAACGCUGAGAGGUUUUUCAGGGAAUUCAUACCCUUUGUUAAGAGCACAAAAGGGACCCCAUUGCGCCCUGGAAUCUCCAUCGACGUUUACAUCCACUCCUUGGUGGAUGAAAACCUGAGCAGGAUCAGCUUGGGGGCUUUCCAGCGCCACUGGGGGCUGUACACAUCUUACGGGGAGCCCAAAUACAAGAUAGAUUUCAGUGGAGCUCAUCGGGACAUCUAUCCAACGACGGCCAAGGGUGUCGUGCUCAUGCCCAAAAGGUGGUGCGUGUUUAAAGGGGACAAGACAAACUUGACCAAAGUUGAGAACCAGGUAAGCCGCGCCUGUGCGGAAGCAGACUGCACGAGCCUUCUGCCUGGAGGAUUAUGCAGUCAGCUGACGUUUGAGCAGAAUGUGUCGUACGCGUUCAACAGGUACUUCCAGAUGAACUCGCAAUACAGCACUAAUGGGAGCAGUUGUGAUUUUGAGAACUUGGCGACGGUGGUGACUGAGGAUCCGUCUGUAGGCACAUGCAAAUUCCCUGUGGAAAUAUUAGCAGCCGAGCGUGCGGAAACUGAUGGGCUGAUGAAGAGGAGUAGGGCCGGCGAAAGGCUACAGGCAUCUUCUAGCUCAUCAAUUGUUCUGUCUUUGCUUUUAAUCUUCUUGUUAAGAUUAAUUUAAAGCAUAUAUAAAGAUGGACUUUUGUUUCAA